GCUCACGGGAGAGCUGACAUUGCGAGGUACAGUGAUGGUCCUGUUGUAAACAUUAUAUCGAUUCGUGAUUUUGGCCGCUCUCUAUUAUUUUCAAGUGACUGGAAACAUUCACCAUUUUUUCACAACAAGACGGAACUACACUGCUCAUCUUUUCGGGGAAAACGAGGAUCCGGCCUUCUCAUUCUCAAACUAGUUAUAAUAUAUUCCAAAAAUUCAGGAACUGCGAUUCCAUUCCAGGAUUGUUAGUGAUCGAAUGAGUGAAAGCCGGAAUGGUUAAAGAACGUCUAUAAUGCUCAUCUUUAAUUCCGUACGAGACAAUAGUUAUUUAUUUAUUUAUUUUGUUUUUGAGCUCGAUCAGCAAGACUUCAAAAGUAAUAAACUUAUGGUCAACGUCUCUGCUUAAUUCCCUGGAAAGAAUUGCCAAAGUGACCCUCGUAGAAUUUUCGAAGUCUAACGUCUUUAUAUGGUUUCACUUUCACGCGUUUUUAGCGCAUCAUUGAAACCAGAGUUCAAACAAGAAGUAACGAACUCAACCCCCAAAUGACGAAAACAACCAAAAAAUGUAUCAAGCUCUCUUUCUACACAAGCCUCUUCCUUCUCCUCUCCAGCCAUGCAACCUCUGAUCAGCUCCAUGAUCAAGAGCAGGCAGUUCUACUGAAGCUAAAGCAACACUGGCAAAACCCCCCGUCCCUCAACCAUUGGAACUCAUCAAACUCCUCCCACUGUAUCUGGCCAGAGAUCGCCUGCAGUACUGAUGGCUCAUCAGUCACUGGACUAUCCCUCCAAAACAUGAGUAUCAACGGAACAGUCCCACCCUUCAUCUGUGACCUCAAGAACCUCACAACCCUCGACCUUUCAGACAACUAUAUGACCUCUAAUGAGUUCCCACGAGCUCUCUACAAGUGCUCCAAUCUCCAAUACCUCGACCUCUCGCAGAACUACUUCGCCGGCACGGUCCCUGAUGACAUUCACCUCAUGGCUCAGCUUCGCCUGCUCAACCUUGGAGCCAACAGCUUCUCCGGAAACAUCCCAGCAUCCAUCGGGCAAUUAACAGAGUUGAGAACACUUCAGCUCUUCCAGGUUCCAUUUAACGGUUCUUUCCCGCCAGAAAUUGGCAAAUUGUCCAAUCUCGAACGACUAGAAUUGGCCUGGAUGACGAGAAUCACAACAACGUUGCCUUCGGAGUUCACAAGGCUGAAGAAACUGAAGUAUCUUUGGGUGGCAGGCUCCAAUUUGGUAGGAGAAAUUCCAGACACGAUUGGAGAAAUGGCGGCACUGGAGCAUUUGGAUUUGUCGAGGAACAAUCUAAGCGGGAAAAUCCCGAGCAGUUUGUUUAUGCCGAAGAAUUUGAGUAAAGUGUUCCUUUACAAAAACAAAUUGUCCGGGGAGAUUCCUCGGGUGGUUGAGGCUUUAAAUAUAGACGUUGUUGAUCUCUCCGAGAAUAACUUAACCGGAACAAUACCCGAUGAUUUCGGAAGACUCACCAAAUUGUCGGGUCUGAGUUUGUUUCUCAAUCAAUUAUCUGGAAAAAUUCCAGAUAGCAUAAGUCGUCUUCCGGGGCUGAUAAUUCUUAGACUGUUUGACAACAAUUUAUCAGGUACUUUAUCUCCGGACUUUGGGCGGUAUUCUAUGCUUAAAGAGUUUCAGGUGUCGUCCAAUAGACUUACUGGCCAGCUGCCACAACAUUUGGGUGAGAAUAGAAGGUUGGUAGGAGUGGUAGCUUUCAACAACGACCUCAGUGGUGAACUGCCCCAGUCGCUUGAAAAUUGCAACAAUUUGAUAAUUGUUAAUGUUCAUAAUAAUAGGUUUUCUGGGAAUGUUCCUAGUGGCCUAUGGACAUUAUUCAAUUUAAGCGUCUUGAUGUUAAACAACAAUUCAUUUACAGGUGAGCUUCCUGAGAGAGUGUCAUGGAAUCUUUCUCGAUUAGAGAUCAGUCACAACAAGUUUUCAGGUAAAAUUCCGGCGGGAGUGUCUUCCUGGAAGAAUUUGGUGCAUUUCGAGGCUAGCAAUAACCUCUUAAAUGGUACAAUUCCUCAAGAACUAACAGCUCUUCCUCUUUUAAUAACUCUUUUUCUUGAUCAGAAUCGACUCUCAGGCUCCCUUCCAUCAGAUUUUUUAUCAUGGAAAUCGCUGGAUAUGCUAAACCUUAGCCAAAAUGCAAUCUCAGGAGAAAUUCCAGAGGCAUUUGGUUCGUUACCAGGACUUACUGUUUUGGACCUCUCAGAAAACCAACUAUUUGGUGAAAUUCCUCGAGAACUUGGCCUCCUGAAGCUCAAUUCACUCAAUCUCUCCUCGAAUCAUUUGACUGGGAGGAUACCAAGUGAACUCGAAAAUGAUGCAUAUGCCAGCAGCUUCUUAAACAAUCCUCAUCUCUGUGCUUAUCGGCCGUCACUUAACAUUGCCAAAUGCAAUUCCAAACCCCAAAAUUCAAGCAAAAUUUCAUCCAAAUUACUCGCUUGGAUUAUAGUUUUACCAGCAGCUUUCCUUGGUUUGGUAGCUUCAUUGCUUGUGAUCAGAAUUAAUAGGAAGAGAAAGCAUGUAUUGGAUUUGAGCACGUGGAAUCUCACCUCAUUCCAGAGGUUGAAUUUCACAAAAUCUGACAUUUUGUCAGGACUGACAGAAAAUAAUGUGAUUGGUUGCGGUGGAUCGGGAAAGGUAUAUCGUGUUGCUAUUAAUCCUUCACCUGAUUUUGUUGCUGUGAAGAAGAUUUGGAAUAGCAAAAAGCUAGAGCAGAAGCUUGAAAAAGAAUUUCUUGCAGAAGUCAAAAUACUGAGUUUAAUUCGACAUUCCAACAUAGUGAAGUUGCUCUGUUGUAUCUCCACUGAUAAUUCAAAACUUCUUGUCUACGAGUAUUUGGAAAACCGCAGCUUGGAUCUAUGGCUGCAUAGGAAGAGUGCAGCAUCAACUGUCUCGGGUUCAGUCCAUAACGAUGUCUUGGAUUGGCCUAAGAGGAUGAAGAUAGCAGUUGGGGCUGCCCAGGGGCUCUCCUAUAUGCACCACGACUGCUCACCACCCAUUGUUCAUCGAGAUCUUAAGUCAAGCAACAUCCUAUUAGAUUCCGAGUUUAAUGCAAAAAUCGCCGAUUUCGGUCUAGCCAAGAUGAUGAUCAAGCAGGGAGAAUCUGGUACAAUGUCAGCUGUGGUUGGCUCUUUCGGCUACAUGGCCCCAGAGUAUGCUCACACGAUACGACUAAAUGAGAAGAUUGAUGUUUAUAGCUUUGGGGUCAUCCUUUUGGAACUGGCAACUGGAAGAAAAGCUAGUGAUGGUGACGAACACACAUCACUUGUCCAAUGGGCAUGGCGACAGAUUCAGGAAAGCAAGCCUAUAGUUGAUGCCUUGGACGAGGAGGUCAAGGAGCUCUGUUACUUGGAUGAAAUGUACCGUGUUUUCCAACUUGGAAUCAUUUGUACAGGUACUCUGCCUUCUACCAGACCCUCCAUGAAAGAGGUUCUCAAAAUUUUGCUCCGACGCAGCCAGCCACUUGUUUUUGGAGAGAAGAAUAUUUCCGAGUACGAUGCUUCUCCUCUGUUCAAGAAUUCAAAGAGCGAGAGGGUAUUAGAAAACAAUGAUGCAACUUUGGCAUCCAUUGUUUGACGACUUCUCGAAAAAUGCUAGAUAUUAUAAUUUUAUUCAAUAUUUAUUCAACAA